AUGUCCAAUCCGUUCGAUGACUCGUUUCAAGGAGACAAUGGACCGACUGUUGGGCCGCCGAACCCUUUUGACGCGGACGACGCGUUGGCCAGCUCCUCGGACGUUGUCUCCACAAACGAUCUCGACGAAGAUGAAUAUGCAGCAGUCGAAUCAACUUGGAAGUAUCUGAAAGACCUUCCUUAUCGACAAAUUCCCAUUUACUCGAACGUGCUUUGGGAGUUAGACCCCGAGGACGAGGACUGGUUUGCGUAUGGUUUGGAACGCUACCCUUCUUCGGCUUUGAAUCCUUCCUGGCCUCGGAGUGAACGUAUGACCUUGCUCCGCAAAACCACGACGACGAAAGUUUCUGGCUGUCCCUACGGAGGACCUUUGGCAUCGAUUACGACACCGGUCAUGUCUACGCCUACCUUUGCAAAGACUCAAAUUACGAUCUGGACGAAUGCUGGCAAAGUCUUGACACGGAUUCCGUUCCCUCCCCAAUCGCAUGCCAACUACUCGCCCUCACUAAUCACGACCAUUGGUUUUACUUCCCGCGCGCAGUUGGUUGUUGUCUUACAGGAUUCCCUGUGUCUGACGUACAAUCUUCGAGGCGAACCAAUUUUAGCGCCCUUCUUUAUUCUCCAGCAACCAUCACAAGGGAAGGCAAUUUCAGUUACCCAAGCGGUCGUCUUUGCUGGAGGUGUCGCCGUGUUGGCACAAAACCAAUCCUGCGCUUUAGUAGAGCUCUUGGAUGAACACGAUAAUUUGUCCUACUCAGCCUCGGCACCGCUCUCUGCUCGUAAGGUAACAUUCGACACCAACCAACACACCGACGUAACCUCUUCUGCCGACGGUAUUUUUGCUCUCGUCACGCCGCUCGAAACGGCCGAAUUUAGUCGAGCACACGGGCUUUCCUACUUGACCUUGGCCGUUCUACCUCGGCAUUGCACAAGCCAUGGGCAUCCUGAAGUGUUUAUUUCCACUAUAUGCCAUUCCGUGGUGGUGGUGGAAGCUCGCGACGGCUCUAUGACAGACCUAGAUUGCCGAGCCCGUAUGGUAGCGCCGUUAACACACAUGGCGUUCGCACCGAAUGGUAGAUUUUUGGCCUGUUUCACGACCUCCGGGGUGUUGACAGUAGUGUCUACGGACUUUGAUGUUAUGGUAUUAGACUUCGACGCUUCACACAGUCGCGAAACCUCCUCUUCGAGUUCCCAGCCACCUUUGGAUAUGCAAUGGUGUGGAGAAGAUAGUGUUGUGUUGCACUUUAAAAACUUGGGGGUGCUGAUGGUGGGCCCUUACGGAGACUGGCUACGCUUCCCAUACAACGAUACCUCUGAUCAAGUAUACCUCGUUCCGGAAGCAGAUGGCUGCCGUGUUGUGACUGAGAGCCGUGUCGAGAUGCUGCAGCGUGUCCCCCCGGCGACGGCAUUGAUCCUACGGAUGGGAUCGAUUGAACCAGCCGCGAUUUUAUUAGACGCCGCAGAUGCGUUCUAUUCCAAGUCCACGGUCACAGUCCUGAAUAGUGACGAGAUGGUACAAGGCAUGGUCGAACAAGGGACUUUAAAUGCGGCAAUUACCAGCUGUUUUGAGGCUGCCACGAAUGAGUUUGAUAUUUUUACACAAAAACGUUUGCUGAGAGCGGCAUCUUUCGGUAUGCAUAUUUCAGAUAAGAAACAGGUCAACGAAGAACGUAUGAUUGUUGGGGGAUCGACUACAAUUUCGGAAGCAGAACAAGACGGAGAAGACUGCGAAAACCAGGAUCCUUACAGUUUGCCAUCGAGAGUCACACGUCGUUUUGUGGAAAGCUCCCGUAAGCUUCGUGUCUUGAACGCACUCCGACAUCCGCUGGUUGGCGUUGUGAUGACAUUUCCACAGUGGCAGAGCAUCGGGGCAAUUGGUGUCGUUGCUCGCUUGGUAGCAAUGAAUCGCCCGGAGCUGGCCACUUCAAUCUGUGAUUACCUAGCUUUACCCAAAUCAAUUCAGCUAUUUGCGCGAGCGUCCAAGGCGUCUUCGUUUGUGGAGCAAAAGGCACAGGCUGAUGAGCACUUAUCAGAUUCAGAGAUCGCCCAGGGCGCCAUUAUGAUAAUUACAAAAGAGGUGGUUUCAUCGGCUGUAUCGCCCGGGGCUUCAGCGAGUAUGUUUCGAGGAGCCUACGCGACAGUGGCUCUUGCCGCCAACAAAGUCAACAAGCCAGGCGUUGCAAAUCUCUUGCUCAUGUUGGAGUCCAGUGUUGCCGAUAAAGUACCAGCUCUCAUUGCGGGUGGCUCUUACGCUGACGCUAUUGCAGUUGCUACCACCGCCAGGGAUGCGGACUUCAUUUUUUCCACUCUCAUGGAUUUCGAAAGAAACUGUAUGAUAGCUGCGUCGCCGACAGAUCUCUCGCAGGCUCAAUCAGCAUUCUUGUCCACCGUUGUCGGUAAAUUUACACUUGAGGCAUUUCAUACGCUCCGGCGCUAUCUACGUAGUACAUCAGAUAUACAAAGGGUACUCAACCUUUUGCUCAGAGGGCAAAAGUUCUCCUGGGCUGGUCGGGAAAUGGCGCAAAAGGCGCUCGUCGAGGUUGAUGUUCGAGAGAAGCAAGGAAUGUUAGCAGAAGCUUCCCGCAUUUUUGGUAUAAGCAAAGAAACUGCUUUCCAAAAAUCGUGCACAGAUGAUUAUUUGGAUUUGAGAAAGGAUCAAGAAGUUUUACGUAAUAAGUAUGGCUCUGUCGACGUUGCCCCGGAAAGCUCGUCGGUGACGGCGACAAUUUCGUCUAUUGUAAAGUUUGCUGCAAGUAACAUACGAGAACAGCACCGUCUACUGGCAGAUGCGGACAAGGUGGCGAAGAAAUUUCGAGUUGCUGAGAAGCGUUUGUGGCAUAUCAAAGUAAUUGCUUUUGCGGCCAGUGAGCAAUGGAGUAAUUUACGUAUUCUUGCAGAUUCCCGGGCGAAACCACCAAUUGGAUACAAACCGUUUGCACGAGCCGUUAUUGAUGGAAACCAAAAUAGCAGCGAGAUUCUUCGGUAUACUGAAAGAAUUUCUGAUCUCGAGGAGCGGUACGACAUGCUCUGCUAUGGUCAGCUUUGGAGCAAUGCAUUGGACGAAGCUUUUAAGAUGAAGGACACCCGGCGCAUUUUGAAUGUGAAGAAUCUGUGCAAUUCUGCCGACAUCCAAAUUAAGGCAGACCAAUUAAUGGGCCGUCUUGCCUAAUUGAAAACGGUCAAGAUUCCCUAAUCUGUCACAACUGCUUCUUUCCAGUUGAACCAUUCCUUGACCCCCAAAACGCACAGGCUCAUGCUACUGUAUAUCGGUUCUGUGUCUCCGAGAACAAAGUGAUACUAUCUGUAAUGUAAAACAGAUUGUACGGACACCAUCGAUUAGUUUACAGUUAUCAACAACUGUGAGCAAAGAACCGUCUCCCUUCCGACCAUUCCCUGAUUGCGGAACUUACCUUGUAACGAAACACCUACUUGUAAAUCCCUCUCUGGCUAGUAGUAUUGUUUGCCUUACUGUUAGAGGAGCCAUUUUGGAAAACCGAAC